CCCCCUCCCAAUAACCCUCAGAUAGUCCCUCAAACCCCUACGCCCGCACGCCCGCACGCCCGAGAUGCUCCCGGCGGUUCCAAUGCUUACCGCGGACGGGAGUGCGUGCGUAGGUGUACCCGAGAGAGGCUGUCAGCUCAGCGCCAGAUGCUUUGAGUCAUGGAGGAUAUCUUCCACUGGUGCCGUGAAGGCAACACUGUACAAGUGCGACUAUGGCUAGACGACACUGAACAUGAUAUGAAUCAAGGAGAUGACCAUGGCUUCUCGCUCUUGCACUGGGCAGCCAAAGAGGGUCACUUAGGCAUUGUGGAGAUGUUGAUUAUCAGAGGUGCUCGGAUUAAUGCCACAAACCUCGGUGAUGACAUUCCAAUCCAUCUGGCGGCUGCUCAUGGGCACAGGGACAUUGUCAGCAUU